GAUGUAAACCGGGACAGCGAAGAGUGUCUCUGCAUCACCCAGCUCACAUCAUGACACCAUAAUCCUGCAGCUUUUUGUGAUUUUACUCCUCUGAUACUUUUUCUACAGUGCCGACUGCUGCAUGUACAACAGCCGGGAACGACAGAAAACAGCAGGCAGACGGUUUCCUGACUCCAGUCUGCUCCAGUCACAAUGGGAAAGGAGAAACUCCACAUCAACAUCGUCGUGAUCGGCCAUGUGGACUCCGGCAAGUCCACCACCACCGGCCACCUCAUCUACAAGUGUGGGGGCAUUGACAAGAGGACCAUCGAGAAGUUUGAGAAGGAAGCCGCUGAGAUGGGGAAGGGGUCGUUCAAGUACGCCUGGGUUCUGGACAAGCUGAAGGCAGAGAGGGAGCGUGGCAUCACCAUCGACAUCUCGCUCUGGAAGUUUGAAACCAGCAAGUACUACGUGACGAUCAUCGAUGCUCCGGGUCACAGGGACUUCAUCAAGAACAUGAUCACUGGGACCUCACAGGCAGACUGUGCUGUGCUGAUUGUGGCAGCUGGUGUGGGAGAGUUCGAGGCAGGUAUCUCCAAGAAUGGACAGACCCGCGAGCAUGCCCUGCUGGCCUACACUCUGGGAGUGAAGCAGCUCAUUGUGGGCAUCAACAAGAUGGACUCCACCGAGCCCAACUACAGCCAGAAGCGUUACGAGGAAAUCGUGAAGGAAGUGAGCACCUACAUCAAGAAGAUCGGCUACAAUCCGGACACCGUUGCCUUUGUGCCCAUUUCGGGCUGGAAUGGAGACAACAUGCUGGAGCCCAGCCCCAAUAUGUCCUGGUUUAAGGGAUGGAAGAUCAACAGGAAAGAAGGCAAUGCGUCGGGGACCACACUGCUGGAGGCUCUGGAUGCCAUCCAGCCGCCCAGCCGUCCAACAGACAAACCUCUGCGUCUGCCCCUGCAGGAUGUCUACAAGAUCGGAGGUAUUGGAACAGUGCCCGUAGGCCGCGUGGAGACCGGCGUACUUAAGCCUGGCAUGGUCGUGACCUUUGCCCCGGUCAAUGUGACUACCGAGGUGAAGUCUGUGGAGAUGCACCACGAGGCGUUGACUGAAGCCCUCCCUGGAGACAACGUGGGCUUUAACGUCAAGAACGUGUCGGUCAAGGACAUUCGCCGUGGCAAUGUGGCCGGUGAUAGCAAGAACGACCCACCGCAGGAAGCUGCCAACUUCACUGCUCAGGUGAUCAUCCUUAAUCACCCCGGCCAGAUUAGUGCCGGCUAUGCUCCCGUGCUCGACUGCCACACGGCUCACAUCGCCUGCAAGUUUGCAGAGCUCAAGGAGAAGAUUGAUCGUCGCUCCGGCAAGAAGCUUGAGGACAACCCCAAAUCCCUCAAGUCUGGAGAUGCCGCCAUUGUGGAUAUGAUUCCUGGCAAGCCGAUGUGUGUUGAGAGCUUCUCUGAGUACCCUCCACUCGGUCGUUUCGCGGUGCGCGACAUGCGUCAGACCGUGGCUGUUGGUGUAAUCAAGGGCGUGGAGAAGAAGGUCUCCACCACCGGUAAAGUCACCAAGUCCGCCCAGAAGGCCCAGAGGAACAAAUGAAUGUUGUGCUAUUCUGCCGACCCCAAGGUCUCCCAGGGCAGGACAUCGGUCAUCCAACUCCAUCCGACAAUUGGCUACUUCAACGUAAUAAUCAAAGACUGGUUAAUCAUCACAAUGCAUCGCAAAACCAUUCGAAGGAAAGAAAAAACAUCUAGAUCCUUGAGGCGGCACUCCUGACUCCAUCUCCGUGGUUAGAUUACCAUUACGUACAAUGUUAUAUCAAACAGGUAGUUUUAAAUGUACACUGUCAACUUGGUUCAUGGCAAUACCUUUUCUGUGAUACUGAUAUUGAGACAUUGAACAAUUAGAGGUCCACAAAUGUUAUCACCUCUUUAUCUCUCUGGAGUGCAGGUACUGGUCACUUUACAUGGUACAUGUCGUCCUGCUUUUAGUGUUUGUUUGCUGUUCCAUGGUGCUCUGUAGGAGCCCAUGGCAAGAAGUUAAAUCUAUGUUCUUCUGAGUGGUAGUUUAGUAGAACUUAGUGAUUUGUUGUGUUUCAGCUUUAAAAAAAAAAAAAAAAGUUCGCAAAACAAACGGUCGAAAUGUGUCCUUGCCGAGGGACUCAGAGUAGGACAGCUGUUGAUUCUGAAGGCACUUUGAUUGGCGUUUUGCUAACUUUGCACUUGCACUUGAAGAGCUUAAAUUGGCAUAAGCUACUGCACCUUACUGUAAGAUGGCAUGAGCCUCUUUGCAACAUUAAACAUGUUUCAACCAAAA